AAUCACAAAGAAAUUAACCUUUCUCUUCUUUUUUUCUAUGGCGUCUUCUUCUUCUUCUUCCAAUCCCUUCCUCUUUUCUGCUCUUUCGCUGGUUUGCUUCUUCUUCUCCUUUUCUAAAAGCAAAAGCUUUGUUUAUGCAACAAGAGAAGAAGGCAGUGAGCUUCAACAUACUCAUGAUCGUGUUCCUCUGAGCUCUCUCAUCCCUUCUUCCUCUUGCAGCUUUCCUCCUCUAGGUACAAAGAGGAAUGGAUCCAUGGAAGUGGUUCACAAGCACGGGCCAUGUUCAAAACUGAAGCAACCCUCAUCAUCAUCUUCUUCUUCAUUCAUUAUGCCACACCGGGAAAUCCUCAAGCAGGACGAAGCUAGAGUGAGGGCAAUCCAGUCCAAGCUUGCCAAGACACAGCUCCACCAAGAAGAAGCAAAAGUAGCAGAGACUCCGAAGAAGAUGGGGUCGAAGGGGACUCAGCUUCCGGCCAAGUCCGGCCUCCUUCUUGGAACCGGCAACUACUACGUCACAGUGGGGCUGGGAACCCCCAAGAGAGAUCUGUCUCUCGCCUUUGACACAGGCAGUGACCUAACUUGGACUCAGUGUAAGCCCUGUGCCGGUUCUUGCUAUCCCCAGAAGGAACCAAUCUUCGACCCUUCUAAAUCUUCUUCUUAUUCCAACAUCUCUUGUUCUUCUUCUCAGUGCUCCCAGCUAGUCUCUGCCACAGGAGUUAAGCCAGCAUGUUCUGCAUCAACCAGAGCUUGUAUAUACGGUACUGUAUAUGGUGAUGGAUCCCUCUCCAUCGGCUACUUCGCUAAGGAAAAACUAACCAUAUCUCCUACCGACAUCUUCGACGACUUCCUCUUCGGCUGCGGCCAGAGAAACAAAGGUCUAUUCCGGGGCAUUGCCGGAUUGCUAGGCCUCGGUCGCAACGCCCUCUCCUUCAUCGAACAAACCGCCGAAAAGUACCAGAAAAGGUUUUCCUAUUGCCUCCCCUCCAGCCCCAGUACUGUUGGUUUUAUCGCCUUCGGCGGCAGAUUUUCUUUCCGGAACGUCAAGUUCACUCCGUUGUCUAAUAUCUCCCGGCUUUCCAACUUUUACGGCCUUGACUUCACCGGCAUAACCGUCACUGGUAUCAAGCUCGCGAUCUCCGCCUCCGUGUUCUCCUCCGGCACGAUCAUUGAUUCCGGCACUGUCAUCACCCGGCUCCCUCCGGCGGCGUAUGGUCCCCUGAGAGACGAGUUCCGGAGACAGAUGUCGAGGUACCCGAAGGCUGAUCCGUUUUCAAUACUGGAUACGUGCUAUAAUCUGAAAGGGUACAACGUUGUUGACAUUCCGACGAUAUCGUUGUCGUUCGCCGGUGGGGUGAACGUGAAGUUGGACGAGACCGGAGUUUUUUUGGUGGUGAGCGAAGAACAAGUUUGUUUGGCGUUUGCAGCGAAUAAACGUGGAGGAGACGUGGGUAUUAUUGGAAAUACACAGCAGAAAACAGUGAAAGUAUUGUAUGAUGUUGGCGGUAAAAGGGUCGGAUUUAGACCUCGCGGUUGCAAAUGAUGUUUUCUGCACUGAAGUAAAAAUGUUACCUCCUUAGUUUAUAUUACGCUACUCAAUAUAACAGUUUAUUUUAUAUUUUACGCUACUCAA